AUGCUUCCGCUUCGGACGGUGACCCCGAUCAGGGCGCGGGCGAGUCUGCGUCCGCCACGUGAGUUUCCCACCCCUUCCGCUUCUGCCAUUCCCACCCGAGAACCCCAGACUGACAACAACCUCUCGAACAGUGACGACAACAACUUCAUCAACUUCUGCCAGGGCGAGACGCUGACCAACGGUCUGCAAAACGAGGGUGGAUCUUGCAACGGUAUUCCCAUGGGUAAGAUCCCCAGCAAGAACAACAUGGUCUCCUCCGUCUUCACCAGCCCCCAGAACGGCGACACCAUCGAGGCCGACACGGACUUCACCGUCUCGAUCCAGAUGUCCAACUUCGCCCCCGGAACCUUCACCAACGCCGACAACACCUACUACUCGGCGCCCCAGGACCUCGACGGCAACGGCAACAUCAUCGGCCACACCCACGUCACCAUCCAGGACCUCGGCGAUGACCUCAACCCCACCACUCCCCUCGACCCCACCCAGUUCGCCUUCUUCAAGGGCAUCAACGACGCCGGUGACGGCAACGGCCUCCUCUCCGCCGACGUCGACGGCGGCCUCCCCGCAGGAAACUACCGUCUCUGCUCCAUGGCCUCGUCCGCCAACCACCAGCCCGUCCUCAUGCCCGUCGCCCAGCGUGGUGCCCAGGACGACUGUGUCCGCUUCACGGCGUCGGACAACGGCGGCAACAAUAACUCC